CAGAGCCAUGCAAGAGUCUUUUUUUUUUAUUACUCCGGUCAAAAGCCGCACGGUAAGCGAGUGGCAUGCAAAGACGCCAAGCUUGACGAUCCCAACUAUUUAUUGCCCGCUAGUUUAGUGCCCUUGCUGAGAACACCAGGGGUGGCAGACCACCAGGGACACCUUUUGGGUGAUGGAAAAAAAGGAACCAUAACGACUCAGGUUAGUAGCCAGCGAAAGCAAAUGUGGGCUCGUCAAAAGAUCAGCGGGGAUCGCGGAAGGGAGCUGGAGUUUGAGUUCGCAUAAUUCCAAGCUAGUUCCCUGUUCGGACGCUGUCACUUUUGGUCCUCCUCAAAAUGUUUUGGUCGCAAUCUGGAUAAGACUGCAUUCCUUUGUCACAAACUCCCUGUGUCUUUGCCACAUGAUCUCGACCGACGGGAGGCUCUUUGUCACUUCUGUUGAGCUGCAUAUCGUAUAAGAAACCGCCGUUUGGCCC